AUGUUGGCAACAGAUGUUGGAUGGCAAGGGUAUGGAGUGGUGUGGUCCAUUACGGCCAUGGAUGAAAGUGUGUGCCUGUUGCCAAUUGGAUGUGCUGGUAGAACAUUGGAGAAAUUUGCUGGAACUAUCCCAUCAACUAUCAAAAGAGACGUACCGGAAAUAUCCAGACCAUUCGUUGGCCAACUGGAUGCCCGAGAGCCCAGCAAGCAGCUCCCUUGCUCCAACCUGGCAUGGAAUCCAUGGACAGAUGCCAAAGAGCAGAUGGAACGCCAUUUUCUGUGCGCCAUGGCGCGUCCGCAUCCAACGGCGUCUUCGUCUGCUUUUAAUUUCUUUUAA